AUGGCCCCCAUUCCCCAGGUCGAUGUGGACGUGGACAAUCCCUCAUCUGACGUGGGCGAGGAUUCUCCAAUGCGCCGUCAGUUCUCGGAGCCCUUUCGCCCCCAGUCCACAUCUACUCAGAUUUCCCAGUCACCGGAGCCUCGGUCGCAGAUGGCCAAAUGCUCCUGGUGCGGGAAGCUCUUGGAUGUUCCGCACGAUGGCGAGACUACCAAGGAAGAUGUCCUGAGAGUGCAUGUCGCGUCUGCACACCCAAAAACUAUUCGGUUCUCAGAUUAUGAUGAUGCCGAAGAAAUCGAUGCAGAGAACAGUUAUAUGGACCCCAAUGACGAGGAGGCGGCUUACCAUGAAGAAGAGCUCUUCAACGAGGAGGAGCCUCUUAAUGAAGACUUCAAUGAGGAGGAGGAAGAAGAAGCCGAAGAAGGAGAGGAGGGAGAGGAGCCUCUCGAUGAUGAAGAACAACUUAUCGAAGAAGAAAUUCUUCAAGACGACGAGCACUUCAAUGAGGACGAGCGUCUCAACGGUGCAGAGCCCCUGAAUGCAGAGGAACUGGCAAUUCAUGUCACGCUGCCUGAAGAAGAGCAUGACCAUGGCGGAGAGGAAGAACCAGUGACUGCUGCACCCUCGGCCGUUGGGGACCACAGCGACGAUGCUGAGCGUCAAGAAAGCAAGCCAAUGGACGUUGGUCCUAAGCCCAGCCAGACAAAAACCGGCAAACUCGAUCGGUUGGAGUGGCUCUCGAAUCCGCGAUCAUCCUUCCCCGAUGACUAUCGCGAACGCUUGUCCAAGUGGCAAGAACCAGACGUGAAGAGUCGUCUCUCCAAAGCUUGGAGUAUUCACGAUGUCAAGAAAUUCUGUCCCGAAUAUGAACAAGACGAGGCCAAGAUCAAGCAGACGUGGCAGCACGUUCUCAACAGCAGCGACUCCAAGCCCAAGAAGCGUGAAGUACCAGAACCGAUCACUCAGCACGGCCCGUACAAGAAGAUCAAAGUCGACAAGGGGGAAUUCCUUCCUAUCGAGUCGCCCGAUAAACUUGUAGAACUGCUUCGGCAUCCUGAGAACCUCACGCCAGACGAACUCUACGCAGUCACCGAGACGGCCGCCUUUGCCAUGAGAGUCUGGCAAGAUGAGUACCUGGCUCUCGAUAAGCUGUAUCUUUACACGCAUCGGCACCAUCGCGAACCUCUUCCUGACGGCUCGAAGAGAUCAUUUAUCAUGGGAAACAAAAAGAAAACCAACCAUCCCCUGGCGCGGGUGCCAGAAGACGAGCGUGACUUUGAGGAUAGGAAGGAGGCUAUGCUUUACGGAUACAAGCAUACGUACUUCCAGGGCAACACGAGCACCCAGGUUGCGUGGGCACCGCAGGACGCAUUUGUUCAAGGUGGCUUCGUGCCGACACCUGCGCAAGGCCGGAAGAUGGCUGCCAAGACGGCACCUGAUGAUCCCAAUCCAGAUGGAUUCGCUCCUGUUAUCCGAGACGGUAUUGAACAUUUCCCCAAGCUUUGGGAGCCGCGCAAGGAGCCCACCUUGAUGAAGUUCACCCGUAAGCGCAAAGCCGCCGAGGUCGAAGCAGCUUCUAAAGCAGCCACCGACACCGAGGAGACGCAAGGCGAGUCUCCAGAAGCGGAUGAGACCGACGAGGAGCAGCAGCCUGCUAAGCGGCGUACUCGAGGUCGUGGUGGUAGACGUUCCGGAGUUGAGUUUAUUCAGUCUGAGCUUUCGACUCCUGCGCGCAGAGGUGGCCGUGGCCGUGGCCGGGGUAGGGGUCGCGGUGUUGGACGCCCUUCCACCCGUGCUUCCUUGGAAAUCCAUCAGGCAUACACUCCUCCCUCUUCUUCACGCGGUCGGGGCCGAGGCCGUGGUGGCAUGGCAACGACACAGACGCGCUCAGUAACCGACACAUCAUCUCUGCCUGCUCUUUCUCCCAUGGGCACUUCCCCAUCUGGCACCCCUUCAGCCACCAAACAGACCUCGGCAGAAGCCCUUGAAGAAGCCCGGCGAUUGAAGAUUGCCAACUCAAAGAACCCAAAGCGCACCAAGGCCAUGUUGGACCACUGGGAUCGAUUCAACCGCGAGGGACGCAUCCGCAACCCGAAGCGCUCCAAGGCGCAGAUUGAACAGGAUCGUGUGGUUGAAGAGACCCGCAAGGCAGUCGAUCCUCCCAGGCCCAGUGGCCGCCGAAGGAGGUCUCCCUCACUCGCUCCAAUCCCUACCGGCAACCUUGCCCCCAAGGCUUCUCCCGGCCUGCCUUCUCUCGCGAGCUCACAACACAUGGGACAGGGAAUGCCUCCUAACCCUCCCAUGCCUGGAUCUAUGGGAAUGCCACCUUAUGGCCACCAUGGCCACCCUAAUCCUUUCGGAGCACCGCCGGGACCGCCGGGACCGCCGGGACCCCCGCCGCCUGGACAUGUCCAGCUUGGCCAGCCCAUGCCGCCUCAGUACGCGCCUUUCCCGUAUGUGCCGUACAAUUUGGGACAUCUCGGACCUCCCCGUGACCCGCACCGCCGAUAA